GUAAAAGAACAACAAAAUGGCGAUGAAAACAACAACAAUAUCACAGUCUAACUGUGUUUUCUUAUCAUUUCUUGUAAUACUGAUAUUAACAGUUAGUGGUGAAGAUAUUGUUCCUACUGAACAUGAAGCCUGUCAAUUCUGGCAAAAUGUGGCCCAUCAGAUGUCUGCACAGACUAGAUCACAGAUGCAUUGUACUUCAAAUGGUACCAGCUCUGCAGAUGUUUGUACUAAAUUAGAUUGUACAGGAACAUACAAAUAUCAGACGUUUAUACCCUCUAGUUCAGAUGUUGAAGUAGAUUAUUGUUUUGGUAUAGUUCUUAAUCAUUGUGUUGAGCCUAUUACUCUUGAUAUUUAUCUACAAAUGCCACAUCAAAGUGUUUCUUUCCAACAAAGAGUCCAACAUGAUGAAAUGAUGAAAAUUCCAGGAGGAAGUUUUAAAGAAUCACCCCUUGGUACAGCUGAUGUCUUUCUUAAUUUUCAUAUGGUGAAAAUAUCUCCACAUCAUGUAGAAUUUGGUAUGUCAGUUAAAGUAAGAAUAUCUACGACUGUUGGACUAGAGUUUUGGCCAAGAGAUCUGCAAAGGACAUUGGUACCUAAAGAAAACAUCCCAGUACCACCUUGUGAAAGUAAGGUAUUAGCCACUGCACCUUCAAUUACAUUAGGAACAUGUCAACCACCACAUUGGAGGCAACCAUCAUCAUCUGAAGCACCACCAACUCACAGUAAGCCAACAGAGAAGUCUGCAACUUUAAACAAGACAUGUUCUGAUAUGAUUAUUUGCUCUAAUGGUGAAGGUUGUAAUAUAGAAACCAAACUUUGUCAAUGUACGCCAGACUUCCUCUAUGAUGCCAAAAUAGGAGCCUGUGUCUCGCUGAACCAACUGGGAGAGAAAUGUGAUAUAGAUAUGAUGAAUGAAUGUGGUCCCAAUGAGAUGUGUGAUAAGAAUGGAGUUUGUGAUUGCAUUGAUGGUCAUAGUUAUAAUACUAUAAGACAAAUUUGUGUUCACCAAGAUAUAGAUAUUGUGACAACAAUUACAACUAUGAUAUCACCAAUAACAACACCAAUAACACAUGCUCCUCUGGCUAAUACUGCACAAUCUUCUACCAACAGUACCGCUAUUAUUGCUGGCUGUGUAUCUGCUGUUGUAGUAUUAGUAAUCAUUGGUGUUGUUAUUUAUUUAGCAAUCAGAAGAAAACAAAGUCAGUAUUAUGAUAGACACGCUUUGAUUUCUGAUGAUGAUGAUCCGUUGGUUAUUUAAUUUCCCUUUUAGUAUCUCUAUAUUCUUGUACACUUUCAAUUUGCUAUACACCAUACAGAAAGAAAUGAAACAAUUACUAAAAUAGAUUUGAACUAUAUUAAUGCUUUUGAUAAAACUUUUUCUAUAUAAUCAUAUCUUAUUAUUAAUAUUAAUUUGUGGAUAGAGACUAUUAGAAAAGUCCCGACAAUAAUUGACCUAAAUAAUUUAUAUUUUUUCUUUCCAAUACAAUAGAAAUCCAUAAUGUUCCAGAUUUAGAUAAGAGCAUACUUGUGACAAGUCAAAUUUUCAUUAUUAUUCAGGCAGCUUCAACUUUUCUUCCAAGGGAGAUGACUCUAAUACAAACUUGAUAUUUGAAGAUCACAGUAUUACAAUAUAACCUAUUACAUACCAAAUACAAAAUUUUGAAUUGGAAAAAUUAUAAGAGUUUGAAUCUCAAUACCUCAAAAUAUAUAUUCUUAAUUAUUACUAAUAUUAACUUUUUAUGAAUUUAUUAACAUAUAUUAAUUAUAAAAUAAGACAUUCUGAUUGAUUUUUUAAAAAUUUAUUUGCAUUUUAAAAAUCAUGGGAAUUACUUACUUUUCUUUUGAAUCUCAUACAUACAUGAGUUGUAAUAUGGUAUUUGCUUAAAAAACUAGUUCUUAGUUGAACUAGGACUGGUUUUACUUUGGCCUUUUCUUUUUCCAUGAUAAUGGUUUACUGGGGACAAAACCCAAAACUAUAAAUAUCUUUUUUACUAAUGCUGUAUAUUGUUGUGCCUUAUUUAAUAUUAUAUUAUACACAGAUAAUUUAUAACUUUAAAAUAAAGUAUGUAAAUCGUUAACAGGUUAUACAAGUGUACUUGAAAUAUACUUUAUAAUAUUUGCUCGUAAUAACAUUUUUUUUUUAAUUUUGAAAAUCUAUUCUGAAUUUUGAUCUGAAUUUGGUAAUUUUGUGGUUUUUAUAUUAUUUUUGUACAAAAUUCUAGUGGUUACAAGAGUGGACAUUGAACCACAAAUUUUUACCUGAAAGAAAAUUUGGUAAUAUAACUGUUUGAGUUCAAAGAUUAUAUAGUUUUCAAUCUGAUUAAAUUAUAUACCUCCAUACUUCUUUUUUCCAUUUUGGUAACCUCAUAUUAUAUUUAUAUACGGUACUGAAAUAGCCACUCUCGAUAGUAAGACAACAUUUUUUUUAUACAAAUUCACAUUGUGGGCUACCAUCAUUAAGAAUAGUUGGAUAGGAAACUUAAAAAAAGGAUUUGUUUUAAUCAGAUUGAGUGUUUGAAUGUACACAAAAUAUUUGGUUCUACUCUAGUUGUUAAAACCUAACAAUUAGAGUAGGUGAUAUAUUUUAUAUGCGUGAAAUUCAUGUUACUUUUUUAUAUUUUUAUAAUUCUUAUGUUCACAUCUUCUGUUUAUGUUACUUUUGAAGUAUUACUAAUGUUAUGUUCUGUUCUGUUCUUGUUCAAAUAGUUGAUUUGUCUAGAUUUCUAUUCAACUUCAUAAAGAAUAAAUAUAUAUGUAUGUUAUUCAAACUGUGAUCAAUCGACUCAGAAAAGAAUUUUCUAACAAUGUCAAAUCCAGAACAUUUACUUCUUUCUUUUCCAGAUUUUAUUCAAUUAAUGAAAAUCUCAUACUCACAGCAAAGAUCAUUGAUAAGUUAUUUGAUAGAUUGAAUGAGAUAUUAAUUCCUCUCAGUUUCAAUGUUGAUUGACUAGAUCCAUACCUAAUUAUGUAUUUCAAUUUGACUGACUAGUUAACCCUGAUGACUGUCUUAUUGUAGACAUAUGUAGUGUUAUACACAAUUCACUGUCAUAUGCAAUGGUGACCAGAUUAUGAAAGAAUUCCUUUUCAUUAAUUUGUUUUUGACGGAGGUAGGUCAUGAUUGACAGCCACAAGACAACUUCAAAGCGACUGGCUUAUCUUGAUCCCAAUAGAUAGCCCUAAAGGAUAAUAUGAUUCAUCUCGGUUGUUAUAAGACUGCAUAGAAAUGUAAGAAAGUUAUUUGAGGAUUUUGAUGAACAUUGUUGAAGCCAUGCUGGUUAAGUUCAUGGUUGUGAUGACAGUGUUGAAGCCAUACUAGUUAGAUUCAUGUUGUGAUGGACAGUGUUAAAGCUAUGCUUGUUAGGUUGCUAGGUGUGAUAGGUAGUAUAUGAGCCAGGUUCUUGUGCUUGAAUGUGAAGAAGCCAUGUGAAUCGCUGCUGAAUAGGUUCAUGGUUGUGAUGUGCAGUGUUACAAACAUUCUUGUUAGGUUCAUGUUGUGAUUGAAGGUAGUAAUCAAAAGGAAACAAGAUCCUUUCUGGUGGAAUCAGUCCUGAUUUGGAUCUCAAAUUAUUACAUAUUAUACAUAUUAUAUGUGAAACUCUUUAUUUACUAAUUAUUUUGACAAUUCAGUAUUUAUUUCCUAACUCAGUUUAUUGUUUGUAAAGUGUGUAUAUUGCUUCAAUUAAUUUUUGUAUAUUAUAUGUAAUAUAUUUCUCAAAUAGU